CAUUUUGAUAUAUUGUAUUUUUAUGUUUGUCCAGUUCAAAAUGUUUUAUAAUUUUCUUUGAGAAUUCCUGUCUCUAUGAAUUUGCCUUUCUAGCUACCCACAGAACUUGUCAUCUCUUCCAUUAUCUUUGGCUCUUGGUUAUAAUCAAGUACUAAAUUGAAAUAUAAGUCCUUUUGUGAAGAUUUGUUAUGAAUGUGAUAUUUAUAUGGAUUUAUUAAAGAUAAUAAUGGCUACCUAGGCACUAUGUUGAUCACUUUACAUGGUCUUAUUCAAUUCUCCCAACAACACUUUUAGUAGGUAUUGUUAUUAGCUCCAUUAACAAUUGAGGAAACUGACACACAUAUUUUAAGUGUUUUGUCCAGUCACUUGGCCAGUAAAUGGUAGAGAUAAGACUUAAAUGUAGGUUUGAUUCCAAACCCUAUCCAUUAUAAUACUCCAUUUUAUUUAGUUAUUUCAUUUCUUGCCUUCCCAUUAAGAUUGUUAGCUUCUUGAGCACACAUACUAUGUCUUACUUAUACAGAUCUUCUUUUUCCCACACAGUAAUGUAUUGAUUAAUGUUUGUGGAACUAUAUUUAAUGAAAUUAACUCACCUGGAAGAGAAUUAAACCCAUAACUCUUACUAUAUUGCCUCAGGUUCUUACCAACUAAGCUAACUCAGCAUAGUAUCCUAUACAAAAACAAAAAGGCUUACAGGAAAAAUUUGUGAUAGUAGUAAUGGCUGUUUUGUAUUCUUUUAUGUGGUGGUCAGUCAGGUGUGGCCACAAGAGGAGAUGGAGGAAAGGCUGGGGGGAGGGGAAACAACACUUAUUAUACUCACAGGUUCUAGAGUCAGGAGGCCCAGUAUGCUAGUCAGGGCCAAUUUAGAAAGACACCAGGGUGGUCAUGAGGCAGGACCAAGGGGAAGGUUUGGGCCACUGUCUUUACACAGGAAGAGCAAGGAAGGGCAGAGUGAACAGUUAAGGAUUGGCUAGUUUGAAUGAUUUCAGCAGGCUCUGUAGGGGUUGCCUGGUUCCUGGCCCCCUGGGUGAUUAAGGAAGAGGAAUAUAGCUUCCUGGGAUGGAAGGGACAAAAAGAGGAGAUCUGGCUCUGGAUUGGUUAGCUUGCAUAUCAAAGAUAUGUUCCUGGUUGAGCCCUGGCUAUCUCUAAGGAUUGGCUAGCCCCAAGAGGGGCAGGCUCUCCUCAGCCAGAGAGGUUUUUUAAGAUGUCCAAACAUCACAAUAUACAGAAAAUAAAAUGUACAGUUGACCUUUGAACAACAUGGGUUUGAACUACACAGGUUCACUUAUAAGCGGAUUUUUUCCAAUAAAUAUAUUGGAAAAUGUUUUGGAGAUUUUUGACAAUUUGAAAAAAGCUAAACGAACCACGUGGCCUAAAAAUAUUGAAAAAAAAUAAGAACAAGUUAGGUAUGUCAUAAAUGCAUAAAAUACUGGUAUAUUUUAUCAUUUACUACCAUAAAAUAUACACAAAUCUGUUAUAAAAAGUUAAACUUUAUCAAAACUUACCCACACAAACAGACGCCAUUCGCAGUUGAAAGAAAUGUAAACAAAUGUAAAGAUGAAGUAUUGAAUUAUAACUGCAUGAAAUUAACUGUAGUACAUACUGUAUUGCUGUAAUAAUUUUGUAGCCAGUGUGCACUCCUGUUGCUAUUACAGUGAGCUCAAGUGUUGCAAGUGUAUGCUUAAAAUGCUAGGUGACACUAAUUAUCUCCAUGUGAGCAGUUGUCUCUUCAAUAAAUUGUGUAUUGCAAUUAAAAGUGAUCUCUAGUGGUUUUUACAUAUUUUUCUUCAUGAUUAGUGCAAUACCAAAAACCUUGAGCAACACCAUGAGACUCAUGCAAAGUGCCACUAGUGAUGCUGGAAGUGCUGUCAAGAAGCAAAGUCAUGACAUUACCAGAAAAAGUUGAAUUGCUUAAUAUGUCCCAUAGAUUGAGAUCUGCAGCUGUGGUUGCCUGUUAUUUCAGACAAUUCACACAGAUGGCACAAACUCACAGUAUGGAUAAAUACAGUAGUGUAAAUGUAUUUUCUCUUCCUUAUGAUUUUCUUAACAUUUUCUCUUCUCUAGCUAGCUUUAUUGUAAGGAUACAAUAUAUAGUCAUAUAACAUACAAAAUGUGUGUUAAUUGACUGUUUUUGUUCUUGGAAUUCUGGUCAACAGUAGGCUAUUAGUGGUUAAGGUUUGGGGAAAGUAAAAGUUAUACAUGGAUUUCCGACUGUGCUGGGGUUCGGUGCCCCUAACCCCUGCAUUGUUUAAGGGUCAACUGUAUAUACAGUACAAUGGCCAAGACUUUGAUCUGGCAAGAAGGAGGUUUAUAAGUAUGACUAACUUGACAGAAGUAUGUCUCCACGCUCUACUUUUUUGUUCUGGCCUUCUAUCUGUCAUUUUGCUUUCUCUGCACUCUUUCUCAUAGUUUGAACUUUUUAAACUGUUUGGCUCUUCCAUAUGAUUUUCUUCUCUUUUCUUUUUAUUUGUUUCUUUUUUUUCCCUCCCUCCCUUCCUUCCUUCUUUCCAUUCAUCCAUCUUGGGGCUGUAGGUGAGUUCUCCAACAUUUAUUGAACAGACACUUAUACGAGUCUUAUUAUAUACCAGGUACUUUUCUAAGCAUUUUACACAUAUUAUUUCCUUAUAACGAUCCUGUGAGUUGAGUACUAUUAUGGUUCCCAUUGUAUAGAUGGAGAAACUCUCAUAGGACUUUCUAGUGCCAAAUAUCCAUUUCUUAUACCCAAUAGAAAUCUUGGUGGUGGGCUGGAGGCAAGUAUAAAAUAAAAGCAAAAGGCUUUGCUUCUGAUUUGAUCAGUCAUUUACCUGUAGGGCCGUCCUUUGUGUCUGUAGAGGGCAUUGUAGUUACUGUAUGAUCAAUGUGGUUUUGCCACAAAACACAAAAGAGGUUUCAUUGUCUCUAGGCAUGACCUUCCCUACCCUGUAGGCAUCCAGAACUAUUUCCUACCUGAUCUGCAGCCAGCCUCCCCCUCCCCCCAUGGAACGUGUCUAACAUUCAUACUGUGGAUUUGAAGCGGGGUACAGUGGCGAAACCACAGACCUGAAACUUGGCUGCAGAUGCACAUGUUGAAUGGGGCUCUUCUGGCGUUGCUGUUUCCUGUGGUAAAUACUCGGCUGCUCCCCUUUGAAUUGGAGAUUUACUACAUCCAGCAUGUUAUGCUCUACGUGGUGCCCAUCUACCUGCUUUGGAAAGGAGGUGCUUAUACCCCAGAGCCCCUCAGCAGUUUCCGAUGGGCUCUUCUCUCAACUGGCCUCAUGUUCUUUUAUCACUUCAGCAUCUUGCAGAUCCUCGGCCUGGUCACCGAAGUGAAUUUGAACAACAUGCUGUGUCCGGCCAUCUCAGACCCAUUCUACGGCCCCUGGUAUCGCAUCUGGGCCUCGGGACACCAGACUCUCAUGACCAUGACCCACGGGAAGCUGGUCAUCCUGUUCUCAUACAUGGCUGGGCCCUUGUGUAAAUAUCUGCUGGAUUUGCUCCGGCUUCCAGCCAAGAAAAUAGACUGAAGGUGCUUGGGGUUUUUUUUUGUUGUUGUUGUUGUUUUUUUUUUUUUUCUCCCUGAGGAAGCAAGUCCCGGCUUGACUUGGAGAACACCCAGUUCUUGAUGAAAUCAUGGGAGAGGGCAGUAGGAUGUUUGGUGUAUUUCUUUUUCCUCUUCUCUGUCCCUUUCUUCCACCACUCUUCCUUCCCCAGCUCUUCCCCUCAGGAUGUCUCCUCAGACCCGGGGUUUGGAUUUUCCCUCCUUCCCCUUGGCUCUUUCUCUCUGCUCCUAGUGGCCUUACAUGGGGAGAUUGGAGUCAGUGGCUCUUUCACUCUGCUUGUUGGUGCUUUUACAACAGCUGGUUGAGGAGAAAGGGAACAACAAGCAGUAGUUCUUCUGGCACCGAAGUGAUGACAUUGGGUUGUGUUUCAUCUCUCCACUGCCAGGGACCUCCAGGCUUAUGCUAGGGUCCCCUUUGGUCUCCAGCACAGCCCCCACUGUCAGGGAGCUGAGGCCUUGUUUCUAUACCAGCGGCAAGCCCAGAGCCAAGGGAUUUCCCAGCUCAUGGUCAAAAUAGAACCAGCCAGAUUCUUCCCACUGGUGUCCCAUGACUCAAAGCAAGCAGCCAACCAGCACCCCCAGAAUGCUGCCUGGGGUAGGAGGUGGGAGCGCCGCUCAGCCCAAGGGCUUCCAUCGAGGGGGUUGGAGAUCUAUUGCAGCAACAAAUCCAAAGCAAAGAGGGUCAACAUUCACACAGUACUAGGCAGGACCCUGUGUAAAUUCUGCCCAUGAGAGCUGAGAACUGACCCAUAUCCCAAUCAGAAAUGAGCACAGAAAUUAAUCAAUGGAAGUGGUAACUUGAGAAAACUGUGAUUUGAAUCAUAUACUCUCAGUCUCAGUUUGAUGUUGAUAGUAGAUACCGUUUUAAUCUUUAGUGCCCCUUCAGUGUAUCCUCAUAUGUUCUUUCUUGCUCGCGCGCUCUCUUUCUCUAUGGCAGCUUCAUGGAAGAAUGAGCUGGAGUUGGUUCGGAGAUGUUUGAGUUUGGAGAGUCCUUGCGUCAGGGCCCAUUCAUGGAAGUUCCUAUAGAUCCAUGUCUUGGUUUUACAGGGUAUAUCAGUGUCCGGGUUUGGGAGAGAUGUGGCUCCUACCAGUGUUGUUUUCCUAGGGCCAGAUUCCUUCAGUGGAGCCAGACUAAGUACCGAGCUGUUUCAUGUGGGGGGCAUCACAUGCUGUCCACCCUGCCCCCCCAAAGCCCAUGUCUCGGUUGAAAGGGAGCUGCCAAGGAACCAGGUCCCCAUGGGUGGAGGUUCAAGUGCUUUGCAAGGAGGAGCUUUUGUUGAAGGACUUCAGCUCAGUCAUGCAUGAACCUCAAGAGGGGAGGCAGGGACUGGGCAUUUGCUGACUCCUUGUUGACGCCUACUAGGAACAGAUCUGCUCAAGAGCAGAAGAGAUCACUCAAUGGCUUCCUCUGGUGAGCCUCCCCUCCCCCCACUCUAGGCAGCCCAGUUGCCCUAGGCAAGUUCCAGUAUUUCAAGUUUGUCUGUGUUAGACCCACAUUGAGCUUCAGUGACUCAGUGGUCAUGACUUUAGCAAAUGGGCCUGUAGGAGUCGGGAGUAGGCAGAGAGUCUCUGAGUGAACUGAGGCCCAGGGAAGCAGCCCUGGGAGGGACUGCCCUACGGCAGAGGCCUCCUGGCAUCGAGGGAAUCAGUCCCCAGGGUGUGGGGCGCAAGAGGGAAGAACAUUCGGUGCCCUUGCUCCCCAUGAGCUCCUUUUGACAUGUCACCUUUGUUUUCUGCCUUCUUUGAGGGCCGGGCCAAGCUUUUCUUAGUGCUGCUCACCCUAGGGUUGCCUUCUAAAGAGGCACCUCUUGAGUGGCCGGAUUGGCCCUGCCUGCCAUCAAGCUGCUGUGUGUAGGAGUGGCUGGUGAGGGAACGUACAAGGACUCAGUGCCCCUUGGCCUCUUUACAAAAGGAGAGGUUGGAAGCAGGUCGUGGGAGAAUCCCCCGGAGGCCUGGCCUGUCCCCUACUAGGAGGACAUGGAGUUGCUGCAGGCAGAGGAUCCCUACCUCAGCUGGGGACCAGCUCUGGAAUGUCGCCGUGGUGUGACUGUGUAGGCCCUCUCUUCCCCCUGUCCCUGUGGCAUGGCCCAGGUGGCCAGGCAGCUUGAGCUUUCCCCACAUUGGCAUGCCUCCAGAAGCUUGCCUUUGCCCUGGCUCAGCGCCCCAUUCUGGUGGGCACUUUCUGGUGCUCCAAAGGAGAGAAAAAAGUGAAAGCCAUUAUACGCCUGGCGUGGCCAGGCCAGAGACAGAUACAGCUGUCAGGGGUAGGGGGGGAUGAAGAGGAAACACAGGGCUUCUGGGGACCAAGUCGGCUCAGAAACAUGUAGGUCAAAGGAACAGAUAGUAGGCCCGGUCCACAGGCUUUGCAGGGAGUCCUGGCUGUAUUUGGGGUGUUGGGGAGCAGCAGGCAUCUGAACUGGUGUUUGUCUCACUCUGACCUUGGGCCAAGCCCAUGUGGAGAGAGGUCACCCGGCCAGAGCCCCGGCAGCCUGGCUUAGAGGGUAGCCCUCACACCUGCCGGAUGGCUAGCCUGCUUCUGCCCCAGCUUUGGCGCGGGGGGUGACGGAGAAACCGUAGCGUGCAUACCCAAUGACCAGUGGGCCCUGGCUUCCCGACUCCUCCCCGAGGCUUUCCUGUCAGUGCCAAGGCGGUUCCCCAGCCACCCCAGCCAAGUUUCCAUAUGCCAUUUGCCAGUGUGUGGGAGCUCUGUGCGUAUGUGAGAGUGUGUUUGUAGAAGAGGACAGUUUCCUUUCAGACAGCUCUUGGAAGGGAAAAGAGUGUUCCCUCAACCUCUAGGUAGCCUUGGCGGAGGAUCUGGGCUGAGGACAGUCUAUCAAGCUGGACAGCUCGUGGCAUCCACUCUGAAUAGCAGAGGGAUGGUCACACCUGCCCUCCGUCCUCCCCUCCCCGAGUAUUAGGUUUUGUACACCAAAGGUGAUCUGCCCCAUCUUCCUCUUGGAGGCGCAGUGGCGUGUCCCUCUGUCGGCUGGUUCCGCAGUCAGAUUCAUCCUCCCCAAGUUGGCAACCUCUCUUUCUCCUUGGACUUUGUAGCAUUCACAGAAGCUGCUGGCAGGGUCGUCGUGCUAACCAGGGCGACCGGCGCACUUUACCAUACAGUACCUCAGUCUCGCUGUCCUAUCAUCCUUUUCGCUGUAGCCUCCGUCAGGGUUUUGAUAUUUGUGAUCAUUGGUAGUUCAGUGUCUUGCAGGCAGCUCCCCACAGAUAGCAAAUUGUCAGCAGGUAUCUGGGCACUGGUGUUAAAUGGGGUGGGGCCGUGCCCUGGGGGUGAGCUGGCGGCCCAGAGGGUGCCAGAAGGGGCCUUUCUCCCCCUCCCUCUGCCAAAAAGACUUCCCUGGGUUUGUAGAUGUUGACCAAGAAUCAUCUAUCCCCUUCAGUAGAGGAUUUUCUUACUGGUUUCUACUGAAGGGGUGCUAGGGGAAGAGGAAUAAAGGACCACGUGUGCUGCUGUCGGACAAGACGCUGAUGCUGGCUGGGAUCUGUCAGGAGCAGGCGUAUGGGAGGGUUUCCAGAAGGUUCUCAAGGGCUUCCUGGCAAAACCCUGGUCUGGGAAGAGCCCCCCCCCGCUUCCCACCCUGCCCUCUCUGGGGUGGGUCGAGUCAGUGAGAGGGUGGAACCUUCCCCUUGUGUAUAUAGAGUGAGCCAGUUCGUGCUCAGGAAAACCUAGUCGCUUGUGGUUGCUCUCGUCUGUGACGUGUUUGUACACUGGUUUGCUGCUCACGGCACGAAACAGAAAAAAACCCCAUGAAGAACCAACACAACAAAACAAGUCCUUUCAAACAAAGCUGUUGUUUUGGAAACUCUUGCUUUCUUUUGGUGUCAAUUUUGUGUUCUCUUUGAAAGAAUUCUUCAAUUAUACUGGUGUCAUUGUAGUCAUGAUAGGCUGGCCUGUGUGAUUAUUUCUGCCAGGAACUUGGCAAAUGCCUCUGCCCCUCCCUCUUGCCCUACCCCCCAUCCCGCCCUUCCUCGUUUUCAAGCCGCGAUUGCUGUGCACUGGGCAGACCCCUCUCUGUCCCCACCCCCCCCCCACAGUGGCUCCCUUCAGAACCAGUCUUUGUAACCCCGAAACAGCAGCAGGGUGAGUGUUUUUUCCAGGCUGCUUCUCGGGUGCUCUGUGCCCCCACCAGUUUGCUCACCUCUUGGGGCGUUUUGUAAUUGUGUUUUCUCUGUUUUGUAAAACCUUUUUGAUUGUACUGAAAUGGUUUCUGCAGUCACCUUUGGAAAUAAAUGGUCAUUAAUUUGUGUACUUAGCGUUCUGAAUUUUAGUCUCAGGUGUUUCUGUUGUUGAAGAUCCCCAAAUGAAAAGGAACCCUCACCAUGAGACUUAUUGCUACAGUGUUUUCUUCAUUUACUAUUAUUAAAAGAUUUAUGAGAA